AUGAUACCAAUGUUCCUUUCCUUACUAGCUAUGACAUUUUUUGCCCUUGGCGUAAGAGUAUGCAUCAAUUUGUUCAGCGAGACUUGUUUUAUUCUGUACAACUCACCAUCGCUUACGACUGCAAUGAUUUUUGCUGCUCUUUGCUUUUGCAUUUUACUAUUGGAACUCAUACUUUUGUUAUGUACGAACGAACCAAAUAAAACGGUGGAUGGUGGUACUCAAACUGGACCAGUAAGCAAUCGAGAUUCCAAUUGUGAUAAAACAUCAGCUAUAAUCAUAAAUCCGCAAUUCAAGCAAGCAUUUAUUGCUCGUCGCUCUCCGAUGCAAACAAAUCUAUGA